CUCGGUCCUGAGAGCCGCGCUUGGGGGGGGCCGGGCACUGCGCAUGCGGAGCUCCAAAUUCAAACAGCUGUUUCCAGGGGCUCGAGGGCCGGCGACCCCGGGCCCCUCCGUCUAGGGGGCGUUCUCUGGCGGGCGGCCGCUCGGGCGCCAUGGUGGACCGGGGCCCUCUGCUCACCUCGGCCAUCAUCUUCUACCUGGCCAUCGGGGCGGCGAUCUUCGAGGUGCUCGAGGAGCCGCACUGGAAGGAGGCCAAGAAAAGUUACUACACACAGAAGCUGCGUCUGCUGAAGGAGUUUCCGUGCCUGGGCCAGGAGGGCCUGGACAAGAUCCUGCAGGUAGUUUCUGAUGCUGCAGGACAGGGUGUGGCCAUCACAGGGAACCAGACCUUCAACAACUGGAACUGGCCCAAUGCGAUGAUUUUCGCAGCCACCGUCAUCACCACCAUUGGCUAUGGCAACGUGGCUCCCAAGACCCCAGCCGGUCGCCUCUUCUGCGUCUUCUAUGGUCUCUUCGGGGUGCCGCUCUGCCUGACGUGGAUCAGCGCGCUGGGCAAGUUCUUCGGGGGACGUGCCAAGAGGCUGGGCCAGUUCCUCACCAAGAGAGGCGUGAGCCUGCGGAAGGCGCAGAUCACAUGCACGGCCAUCUUCAUCGUGUGGGGCGUCCUGGUCCACCUGGUGAUCCCGCCCCUCGUGUUCAUGGUGACCGAGGAGUGGGACUACAUCGAGGGCCUGUACUACUCCUUCAUCACCAUCUCCACCAUCGGCUUCGGUGACUUCGUGGCCGGUGUGAACCCCAGCGCCAACUACCACGCCCUGUACCGCUACUUUGUGGAGCUCUGGAUCUACCUGGGGUUGGCCUGGCUGUCCCUCUUUGUCAACUGGAAGGUGAGCAUGUUUGUGGAGGUCCACAAGGCCAUUAAGAAGAGGCGGCGGCGGCGGAAGGAGUCCUUCGAGAGCUCCCCCCGCUCCAGGACAGCCCUGCAGGUGGCGGGGAGCGGGGCCUCCAAGGACGUCAACAUCUUCAGCUUUCUGUCCAGGAAGGAGGAGACCUACAAUGACCUCAUCAAGCAGAUCGGGAAGAAGGCCAUGAAGACGAGUGGGGGUGGGGAGAGGGGCCCGGGCCCGGGGACUCAGGGUGGCAGGCUGCCAGCCCUGCCCCCUUCCUUGGCGCCCCUGGUGGUCUACUCCAAGAACCGGGUGCCCAGCUUGGAAGAGGUGUCACAGACACUGAGGAGCAAAGGCCACGUGUCGAAGCCCCCCAGCGAGGAGGCCGGGACGCGGGUCCCCGCAGACGGCUCCUCUGCCUCCGAGGUGCUCAGUGGCCAGCUGGACCGCAUCAGUGAGGAGGGCGAGCCGUGGGACGCCCAGGACUACCACCCGCUCAUCUUCCAGGACGCCGGCAUCACCUUUGUGAACCAGGAGGCCGGCCUCUCGGAUGAGGAGACCUCCAAGUCCUCGCUGGAGGACAACCUGGCGGAGGAGGAGAGGCCCCCGCAGCGGGCGGAAGCCGAGGCGCCCCUGAGCGUGGGCGAGUUCCCCUCCUCGGACGAGUCCACCUUCACCAGCACCGAGUCCGAGCUCUCCGUGCCGUACGAGCAGCUGAGGAACGAGUGCAGUGCGGCCGCCAGCCCCGAAGGCACAUGAGGCAGGGCCGGCUCCCCACCCCACCUUCGACGGCGUCUUUCCCCUCACCCGGGGUGUCCCGUCAUGGCUGGGACCCCUGGCCCCUGGUGGGGGCAGCCCUGGAACUGGGAGUGGGGGGCCAGGGGCCUUUUUACCUUCCAUCCCCUCCAGCUAGUGCUACCGAUGGCAGUGGCACC